AGUGGAGGAGGGAGGGAGCAGAGGAAUUAAUAAAGAAUGGGAAGGAAUCCAUGCUGUGAGAAGAGCAAAGUGAAAAGGGGGGCUUGGUCUCCACAAGAAGAUGCCACUCUUAUUGAUUAUCUCCACAAGCAUGGCACCUCUGGCAACUGGAUUUCAUUGCCUCUCAAGGCUGGUCUUCAGCGUUGUGGAAAGAGUUGCCGCCUCAGAUGGCUUAAUUACCUUAGGCCAGAUAUUAAGCAUGGCCCCUUCACACAAGAGGAAGAUAAUAUUAUUUGCAGUUUAUACACUAAAAUUGGAAGCAGAUGGUCUGCCAUAGCUUCACACCUGCCAGGAAGGACAGACAAUGAUGUGAAAAACUACUGGAACACAAAACUUAAAAAGAAGCUCACCACCACCACCACAGGCAAGGCUGCAGCCACCGCUGCCGCCUCCCGCUCCACCACAAACCCCCCAACAAAUGUUUCCGCCCCAACUUCUCCGGUGCCUCUAGUUCUACCUAGCAGCAAUAACUCUGUCCUAGCGAAUACCGACGACCAAAGUGUUCAUUCGUACGACGAACCCGUAAAUUUCACCUUACCGGGAUUGAUUCUAGAAGGUUCGAGUAAUUAUUCAAGUGGCAAUAACAGUUGCCCUUUUAUGGAUGAAAGUUGUGGAGUUCUGAGUUGGAUUUGGUCUCAAGAGGAAGAAGCCAUUGGAGCUGAUAACAAUGCAGAUUUGUUCAGUAUUUUCUCUAAGCCACAUGGACUCAGUCAAACUCACUAACCUCUACACACAUCAAAUGUAAAGGGUAGUCUUUUGUGCAUGUGAUGUGUAAAUUGCUUUCAAGAAAUAUCAGGGAAUGUACAUAAUUAAAAUUAAGAUGUCACCUUAUAAUUAUUAUGUAUAUAUAUUAUGCCUCAAUGUAUAAUGCAAUUAUUAUCUUAACAUGUUGAAUAUUCUGAUAAAUUUAACUUCAUAAAAACAGCAGAUUAUAAUGUCAUAUAAUAAUAUAGGCUCUUCUGAUACACACUGACAUGACUCAAGUAGGAUAAUCAAAUAUAUUGACAGAAAUAACAA